AUGGCCAUGAUGAAGGUGGAGGUGAUCUGCCUCGGCCUUCAGUUGGCAAAAAGCCUGAGGCUGCGGCUAAAGCUACUGAUAAGGCUAAAGCUAAGUCUAAACAUCUGGCCGCUGGCGGGAGUCCUUGCCGCGCACGUCGCUCCAGAGCCGCCGCACGCAGUUCCAGUGGUCCACGUCGGUCCAGAGAAAGUUCCUCGUCGGAUACAGGCUCUUCAGAGCUAUGGGAACCUGAAGCUGACCCAAACAGCACUGACUAAUCCCCCGAUUCCCCCAGAGCAACCGGCAGAGCAGGUCCAGGAUGAGGACGAGGAGGACAUCGAGGACAAGGAGGACAUCGAGGACGAGGAGGACCACAACGAGGAGAACAACAAUGAGCCCUGUGACCUCCUGACGGUGUGUUUGAUGGAGGACUCGGUCUCGGUAGGCUCUCGAGUCCUAUAG